AUGGCAAGGUCAAGAAAUAAGAACAUACAAGCCAAGCAGGUGGCUAUGUCUUCCUCUUUUCUUUUCUUUUUGAACAAACAUCAGCUUGACUUGGAAGUGCAAAAACAAGGAAAUCCGAAUUUGAUCAUGUACAAGGUUGACUUGGAAGAAAAAGGAAAAGUGGGAAAUGAGGAAGGUGAGCUAUAUGCCAAAGAAAAUGGCUUGACAUUCCUCGAAACAUCAGCGAAGACUGCACAUAACGUCAACGGACUCUUUUAUGAAAUCGCAAAGAGAUUGGUGAAAGCUGCUCCUUCUAGGCCGACCAGAAUGAGAUUGCAUAGCAGGCCUCGACAAAGUGGAAGAAUGCUCUUUUGUUGCUCCUCGUGAUAUGAAAGUUUAGCUAU